AUGAUGAAGGAUAACUACUCCUUGACAACUGAAUUUAUCCUCAUAGGAUUUACAGAUCACCCAGAGCUGAAGACCCUUCUGUUUUUGCUAUUCUUUGUCAUCUAUGUGAUCACCAUGGUGGGGAAUCUUGGCCUGGUGGUACUGAUUUUUAUGGAACGUCGUCUUCAUACACCAAUGUACAUCUUCCUGGGCAACCUUGCUCUGAUGGAUUCCUGUUGUUCCUGUGCUAUCACACCCAAGAUGUUAGAGAACUUCUUCUCUAAGGACAGGAUGAUAUCCCUCUAUGAAUGCAUGGCCCAGUUUUAUUUUCUCUGUCUGGCUGAAACUGCAGAUUGCUUUCUCCUAGCAGCAAUGGCCUAUGAUCGCUAUGUGGCCAUAUGUAGCCCACUGCAGUACCACACCAUGAUGUCAAAGAAACUCUGUGUUCAGAUGACCACAGGAGCCUACAUAGCAGGAAACAUACAUUCUAUUAUUCAUGUAGCAUUUCUGUUUAGAUUGACUUUCUGUAGGUCUAAUCAAAUCAACCAUUUUUUUUGUGAUGUUCUUCCACUAUAUAGACUUUCCUGUACAGAUCCUUAUAUCAAUGAAUUGAUGAUUUUUAUCUUUUCGGGGUCAGUUCAAGUCUUCUCUAUUACCAUUGUAAUACUCUCUUACCUAUUCAUCCUUUUUACCAUUUUCAAGAUGAAAUCCAAAGAGGGCAGAGGAAAAGCCUUAUCUACUUGUGCAUCUCACUUUCUCUCUGUCUCAAUAUUCUAUGGUUCCCUUCUGUCCAUGUACAUCCGACCAAGUUCAGUUGAAAAGGGAGAAAAUGAUAUACCUAUUGCUAUAUUUUAUACAUUAGUAAUUCCUUUAUUAAAUCCUUUUAUUUAUAGUCUAAGAAAUAAGGAAGUAAUAAAUGUUAUAAAAAAUGUUGUG